ACUUGCUGGUUGGCGUCGUCGUCAUUGUAUGAUUAUUUGGUCCGUCGUCGCUUCAGUUGCCUAUGAGACGUCGUGACGGUCAUGUGUGUAGGCGCAUCCAAUUCCCGUGUUCGGUAGUGAAAUAAUCAAAUCUUGUUUGUAAAAUUUUCGCUCGCGGUCUAUUGGCUUUUCUAUUAAAAUUGUCGCAAGCCGUGCUUUUAGCCAAACUUUAAAAGUUGAUGACGCGAAUUGGCAGCGCGUGUCGCCCUAAAGCUAAACAAACCGAAAUUUUUUCGUACUGGAAGGAAGCGCGUGCAAAUUAGAAACGCGUUGGUGUUUUGAAACCCGAGCGAAAAUUCGGUUUUACCAAAAAAAUUUAUUUGUUUUUCUCAUAAAGUGCGGCCGAAGAAAUCACCCCGCGUACGUACGUGUGCGUGUGUAUGUGAGCGCGCUGGUUUUUUGUGUGAAAAUUGAUAUUUGUGCAAAGUGCAAGUGAAGUGCUCUUCGCCAGCAUGCAAAUGGUGUGCUGAUGUAGUGACAACAAAAAUAAAAGUUGACAACAAGUUUACAAACGUCAGCUAGCGCCGUGAAUCAGCUGAAUUAUUGGUAUUUAACUGUUGUUUUCAACACUGAAACAGCUUGUAGCUUGCAACUUCGCAAAGUUGAAGAUUUGCUUUCAUCGCAUAAGGUCAAAUAUUUGAUGUCUUUCUCAGAACACAGCAAACAAAACAAAUAGCAGAUUACACAAAGCGAUAACCCAAAUUUAUUUGCUUUGGGAAAUUGCUGAUGAUGUUGAUGAUGCUGACGUAAAAUACCAAAUUGCCAUUAAAAAAAUUCAUUAAUUUACACACUGAUCAGACAGAGAGUUCUAUCUUUCUCCAAACCGAAGAAUUCUUGGGAAAUUUACAGCUUAGGUUUUUGCUUUUAAGGUGAACAAAUAAGUGCAGUGAAGAAACUCUAACGAAAGAAGUGAAAAAUAUUCAGAUACCAAAUAUAAAAUAAAUUACAUCAACUACUAAAGACCAAAAGUGAAACAUAAAGAUUAAAAACGUGACUGCAAAUUUGCAAUUGAAAUAAAAUUAUAAAACUGUUAAGCACUCCACCUUAACGACGCUGCCUGACUUGCUCUCUUUGGAUUACGCCGCAUACUUUAAUAUAUUUGCGAGAGAUUAUAAUUUUCGUACGCAUCGUAGGAAGUUCAACAGCAACAAAUUUAAAGAUUACAAAAGACAUCAACAACAUAAACGGAACAGCAGGCUGUCUAAAAUAAGCAAAACAGCAACARCAAMAACAAAAUCCGCUAAAAUGCUACAACACAUAGCGCCCGCCAGCAGCGGGUAUUUCGCCAAGCCGCGUCAACGCUUUAACACGCAGCAAUGCUGCGUCUUCGCACUCGCCUUACUCAUCGCCGUGUGUCAACUGCCGACCGCCACAGUAGCCGUUUUCUCACAGAAAAACUGCCGCGACUUGGGCGCCAACUCGCAUUGUCAGUGCUCGACGAUGCCCUCACGCUACGAAAUUCAAUGCCCGCCCAUGGACUUCAAUCACAAAUUCACCGUACUAAUCAGCCCGGGCGAACACGUACAGAUCGAUUGCGGUCGCGUCGAUGCACGCGAAUACAAUCUGCUGCCGAGCAUGUCCAUAGGCGAUAGCAAAAUYGUACAGAUCCGYCAGUGUCCGCUGCCCGGUCAUGAUCCCAUAGCGCGCCUCUUUGAACAUUUGGGCAUAACAAAGGUGAAUUAUCUGAUGUUUGAAAGCGGUGAGUUGGGCGCCAAUCUGACGCGUCACCACCUCAGUGAUCUCAAGAAUUUGGCGCACCUACGCUUCAGCUCGAACAGUUUGACACACAUGCCGGAGGAUUUGUUCGCCGAUUUGGGUAAUUUGAAUUGGUUGGAUUUGCGUUCGAAUAAUGUCAAUUUGACGGAGAAACUUUUCGAGCCACUCAAAAAUUURACAUUCCUCGAAUUGGGUCAUAAUAAUUUGAAAACUUUGCCGCGUGGCAUAUUCAAGAAUCAGCAAAAGCUGCUGCAUCUCAAUUUGUGGGGUAAUCAAUUGCGUAAUCUGACGAAAGAUGUUUUCGAGGAUGCCACUUCGCUCACCGACAUCGAUUUGAGCGCGAAUAAUAUUGAGUCGUUUGCGCCCGAUGUCUUUCAACCGUUAACACAGCUCGGCAGUCUUUAUAUAAGCGCGAAUCAUAUACGAGAAUUGCCAUUUGGACUCUUCUCCAAUACGAAAAAUUUGACGGAAUUCCGUUUGAUCAACAAUCGUGUUGCGCUCAUCACUCUGCCAUCGCAGUUGUUUGCCAACUUGCCGCACUUGAAGGAGGUGCGUUUGAGUUGCGAGCUAGAGAGCGUGCCCGAAGAUCUGUUCGAGAACUCAAACAAGUUGGCGAAUCUCACGCUGAAUGACAACAUGUUGACCACACUGCCCGCGCAACUGCUGAGAGAUCAACACGAAUUGUAUGAUCUGGAUCUGUCGCAUAAUCGCCUGCAAACGCUACCCGAUGGGCUCUUCCARAAUACGAARAAGCUAGUGGAACUCAAGCUAUCACACAACCAGCUACGCGAAAUCUCAAGCGAACUCUUCAACCCACUGGUCAAUCUCGAGCUACUGCUGCUGGACAACAACAAUUUGCUAACAAUCAACAUUUAUGCCUUCCGCGACACAGCGAACUUGAGGUUUUUGGAUUUGGAGAACAAUCAAAUCGAUCUCGCCGAAGCACAUGCCGCCAUACUCGAACCCACGGCAUACUCCAACUCCGAGUUCGAUGCGAAUUCGCCAUUCCAGUUUCUCUACAAGCUGCAACAGCUCAAUUUGCGCAACAAUUCCAUCAUGUAUAUCUUCAACGACUGGAAGACACAGCUGCUCGAACUGCAGAAACUCGAYCUUAGCUACAACAAYAUCACCAUAUUCCACGACCAASACCUGCAGUUCCUCAGCAGGCAUCCCGUCGAAGUGAAUCUCACACAUAACCUCAUACACGAAAUCAACUUCAACACAAUCCAAAUCAUGGAUGCGCCUUUCGCAAACCGCCUGGUACGCAUAGACCUCAACGACAAUCCGUUGCACUGCGACUGCCUUAUGCUGCCCUUCUUGAAGUUUAUCUUCAACGAGUUCAAGGACAAAUUCGAGAAUAAAAUUGAGUUGCUGACAACGAAUUUGCAGUGUGAAGGUCCGACUGCGCUGCAGGGUAAACAUAUGCUGGAGCUGAGUUACAUGGAGUUGCUGUGUCCAUUGGAUGACAGCGCUUCGAGCGAAAAGCGUUGUCCACGCGGCUGCGACUGUUGGGUGCGUCCACAUGAUUAUAUGUUGCUGGUGAAUUGCUCCAACGGCAAUUUGACACGCUUGCCCGCACUCCCWCACGAACCACUACUCAAAGGCAUCGUGCUGUUUGUGGAGAACAACAAUCUUAUGCGGCUACCGCUUAACAGCACGACGGGUUACGCUGAUGUCAAGCAACUACAUGCCGCUGGCAAUCAGCUGCGUGCCAUUGAAGCCAACAACUUGCCAGCGGGUCUGCAAUACUUGGAUCUGCGCCACAACAUGUUACAGCGCCUCAAUGAUAGCGUWCUGGAUUACCUGAACGACAGCAGCACACUGGAAGCGCUUUUACUCUCGCACAAUGCGUGGCGCUGCGACUGUGAAACGAGACCGCUGCUUGARUUCACACAGAGUGCCACUGUACUGCAAAAGCUGAAGGUGCGUGACUUCAAUCAGAUGCGCUGUGCGGUAGAUCCAAUGAAGCCGCAACAGGUGCAAUGGUUCAAAGACAUAUCUGUCGCCGAUAUCUGUCCAACACAAAUGGGCUUUGUAAUUGCUAUGGGCAUCAGCAUUGCWUUGCUGGGUCUGUUGAUCGGCAUUUGCGUGGCGCUCUUCUACAAAUACAAUCAGGAAAUUAAAGUUUUCCUCUAUGCACACAACUGGUGUCUGUGGUUCGUUACCGAGGAAGAGUUGGACAAGGAUAAGAAGUACGAUGCUUUCGUCUCAUAUUCGCACAAAGAUGAAGCAUUCAUCGCYGACUAUCUCGUGCCGCAAUUGGAGCACGGUCCGAUACCCUUCAAGCUGUGCAUACAUGUGCGUGAUUUCAUUGUUGGUGGCUGUAUACCCGAUCAGAUUAUACGCUCGGUGGAUGAAUCCAGACGCACCAUUGUUGUGUUGUCACAAAACUUUAUCGAAUCCGUGUGGGCGCGUAUGGAGUUCCGUGCCGCUCAUCARUCGGCGCUCAAUGAGAAACGCAAUCGUUUGAUUGUAAUCAUUUAUAGUGAUAUUGAAAACAUUGAAAAUUUGGAUAGCGAACUGCAAGCAUACCUCAAGACCAACACCUAUCUGAAAUGGGGCGAUCCAUACUUCUGGGACAAACUGCGCUAUGCCAUGCCACAUCCGAGCCGAAAAAAUACAGGUGGUUUGGAGAAGACCGCCAUGAAGAGUUCGGUCGAUGAUAAACUCGAACUCAUCAAACCAUCGCCCGUAACACCCUCACCCACUACACCACCUGCCAUGGCGGCGAAAAAUCCACUCAUCGCACAUCUGAAUGGCGGCACGCCACAAACUGCGAUCAUUAUACCGAAUGGCAAGAUGACGAACGGCAUGACGCCCAACUAUCACAUGAAUGGCAAGACACAAAAUGGACAUAUUAACGGCGCUUUCAUUAUCAACACAAAUGCCAAGCAGAGUGAUGUAUAGAAUAGGGAGAAGGCGGAAGUGUUUCAGUUCGAUGAUGAUUUCUUGUUUCGAUGAACCUGAAACUGGGCCGUGAUCGCGUUCUAAGUUAAUUUAAAACUAAUCUAAAGAUGUAAAUUGCGUAAGCAAUGGCAUGUGACAUCCACAAUCCCGAAAGCGCGCAGCUUGCUGGUUGAAACAACUAAAAGUAGGCUAAGCAUAUACCAACAACAAGGCGUAAUACAUAUAAGGGGUAUGCAGAAACGGAGACACUUUUUUAUUUAUUUUUUUUUUUAGUUUUUGGAAGCCGUCAUUAACCGUUAUGCUCACUAUAUGUUCGUUUAAGUUUUUUUGCUGUUUUUAAAAAUAUGUAGUAUACCUUUAGGCUUUUUUGAACAUAUGUAGCAUCCCUUCAGGCUAUUAUUGUAAUAAGCAAUAUUUUAUGUUAAAAUUUCGUAAAUUUUGGGUAUGAUGCUCAUUUAUAGAUCACAUAAAUUCAGAAAAAUUCUUUGUUUUAUUUUUUUUAUAAUAUUUUAUAAAAAUUUUUGUCUUGAAUUCUUUUUACAUUAUUUAAAACUAAUUGAAUUKUACAUUUAAGUUGUUUUUGACUUGUAAGAAAUGAAACUUUUCAAACAAACAUAUUUUUAUACUCUCACUAGCAUUAAGCAAGUAACAAGUUAGCCGCUAAUUAUUAGCUAAGCAAGUAAUGUACGUGUAUAGAAAAUAUAAACUUGAAAAAUUCGAAACAGAAAAAUAUCGCAGAAUUUUAAGAUUAAGCUCUUUGAAAAAGCUCAAUGCAUUAAGCUCAAGUAUGGUUGAUUUUCUUUCAUUUCAUUUAGAAGAAAAACCGGAAAUCUCGUUUUCAAAAACUCGUUUUGACAAUCUUUCAUUAGCUAAUUUUUUACGAAUCUCAAUUGUUAAAUAUAAAUAAUCCAAGGCAAAGUUUUAACUAAGAAAAUUUAUGGUUUUCUACAUUUUCGCUUUAAGAGAAUUUCUCGAAUAUUUUAACAGUAUAUAUAUACAUACAAAUGUAUAUAACACAAUAUAUAGUUUAUUAUUUAGGCUCACUUGACUAACAGACGCAUAUAAGCCAAUGUAUGUAUCUGAGUGAGUAAAUAUGUA